AUGGUGAAGGAGUCCCAGAGACUCUUGGCCGCAGAUCAAAACAUACCCGUAAUAGACAUGUCAUUAGAGAGAUCACAUGUCUCCAUGCAGAUAGUCAAAGCUUGCGAGACCCUUGGAUUCUUCAAAGUGGUCAACCACGGCGUUGACCCGGACAUUAUCUCGAGAAUGGAGCAGGAGUCCAUACACUUCUUCGCUAAGCCGGUUCUUGAGAAGAAAUUAGCCGAACCAGUUGUGAAUGGACCUUUCGGUUAUGGGUUGAAGAACAUUGGGCUCAUGGGUGAUAUUGGAGAGUUCGAAUAUUUGCUUCUUCCGACUAAUCUCCGCUUCCCUUCUCAGCUAUCCUUCAGCUCGGCAGUGACAUGUUACGUAGAAGCAGUUAAGCAGUUAGCGUGUGAGAUCUUAGAUCUGAUGGCUGAAGGACUAUCGGUCCCACCUCAUACCUUCAGCAAGUUAAUCAGAGCCGUUGAUAGCGACUCCGUUCUGAGGCUCAAUCACUACCCAUCGUCCGAUAAAAUCCGUAGUAGUACUGGAGCAAAGCACUCUGAUGUGUCCUUGUCAUUACCGAGAGUUGGCUUCGGGGAGCACACAGACCCUCAGAUCUUGACAGUUCUCAGAUCCAACGGAGUAGGGGGCCUCCAAGUGGCAUUCCCUGACGGAUGGUGGGUCCCUGUCUCCCCUGACCCUUCAGCCUUUUGCCUAAACGUAGGCGAUCUUUUGCAGGUGAUGACCAACGGGAGAUUUAUAAGCGUACGACACAGAGCGGUAACUACCGGCCAUGCAAACAGACUAUCGACAGUAUACUUUGCUGGUCCGUCUGUCCACACCAAGAUAAGCCCUCUUUCUGCCAUCAUCGCGGCGGGAGAUCAGCCGCCACUUUACCGGACGUUCACAUGGGCCGACUACAAGAAGUUUGUCUACUCGCUCCGUCUUGGAGAUAACCGUCUUGACAUUUUCCGUUCAUGUGUCGAUGAGCGUACGUUAUGAAUUGGGCUUCUAGUAAUAUCAAAUAAAUGCCAUGUUGAGGGUAAUUUCGGGUAGUUAUUUAUGUUCCUUUUGUUUGGCUUUGCAGAGAGUGCUUAAGUCUAAAAUCAAGCUACUUGUAGUGUUGGUAAGGUAACAUAGGAUUAGGAACAAUU